GCCAUCUGUCUUUCCGAUGGCUGGUUACCCUGUGUUAUAAAGAUGAAGGGACGCAAAAUUUUGUGACGUUACAAAGGGAAAACAAAGUAUGUCGCUAAUUUUAUAUCUGAUUUUAUGCAGUUUAUCCUCUUUGUAUGCCAGUAAGCCGCAGCCUGUUGUGCUUCUCGUCUCUCUUGAUGGCUUCCGCUACGACUACAUGGAAAAGCACAAGGAUAGUGUUCCGAACCUUCGCCAUCUUGCUUCUCAGGGAACUCAAGUUGAGUAUGUUAAAAACGUCUAUCCCACUGUCACAUUCCCAAAUCACUAUUCUAUUGUAACUGGGCUAUACCCAGAAAGCCAUGGAAUAGUAGAUAAUAAUAUGUAUGAUCCCGUCUUCGACGAGCAUUUUAAUAUGAGUACGACCGAUCCAAAAUGGUGGGAAGACGCGGAGCCCAUUUGGAUAACAAACCAGAAGCAAGGAUAUCCAAGCGGCAUGUGUUACUGGCCAGGAUAUGAUGUCAAGAUAAAAGGGUACCUAGCACAUUAUCGCCCCUUAAAUGCAAGCUUUAAUAAGCCGUUUGUCACCGACGAAAACGUUCUCCCUUGGCCUGAUAGGGUUGACAUGGUAGUUGGAUGGCUGAACCAAACAAAAGACAUUCCUUCUUUUGUCACAUUGUAUUUUGAAGAACCCGACGAAGUCGGUCAUCGUUAUGGUGCAGAUGCUAUCGAGACAGCUAAAAAGCUUCAAGAAGUGGACAAGACAAUAGGCUAUCUUAUGGAACAAUUAAAGAAGCUGACUAUUUACCCCCAAGUCAAUAUUAUUAUCACCUCAGACCAUGGCAUGAUGAACUACUAUGCCAAUACUGUCAUUAAUAUUGAUGAUUAUGUAAAUCCUGACAAGUACGUGAUGUGGUCGUCUGCAGGGACUGAGUUUCAGUUCACAAACUCUAGCUUGUCCACGCUGGAUGAGCUUUAUAAAGACUUUAAAAAAAUGGAAAAAGGCACUAAAGGAAAAAUAAAGAUUUACAAAAAAUCAGAAAUACCAGAUCGUCUUCACUUCAGAAAUAAUAGAAGAAUAGCUGAUCUGGCUGGGUUUGUUCAAGGAGGCUAUUACAUCAAUGCAUCUGGUUAUACAAACUUCACAAUGAGGGAUAAUGAAACAAGAGGAACUCAUGGAUAUGAUCCAAUCAACGCAGAAAUGCACCCCUUUCUGAUAGCAUUUGGACCAGCUUUUAAGCAGCACUAUAAAUCAGGGCCUAUUGAUAUGCUCGACAUCUACAGUUUGAUGUGCCACAUCAUUGGGAUUCACCCAAGACCAAAUAAUGGCUCACUGAGUCAAAUUGAUCAUCUUUUAAAGGGGUCCCUUCUGGCCUAUUUGCACUCUGUGUCUAGGACUGUUAGCAUUGUCAUUGGGUUUGUCAUUCUAGUACUGUUAUGCACCUUGACAUGUGUGUUUCUAAUAAGGAAAAAGCUCAAAGGGAAGAGCCCAUCUGUCUUGUUCAGGAAUCAGAGGUCAGAGUGGGACUACCCUUUAAUGGGGACUGAAGGAGACGAGGAUGAAAUUGUCAUCUUUUAAGCAUUCAUUUUAAAUUGUAAUUUGCCUGUUGGUAAGCUACUUAAUACUGAGUCAUAACGCACCAUAUAAUCUUAUCAUUACAACAAUAACUGCAAAUUAGCACAAGUGGAAGGCAUACCUGUCAACUCUCCCUCAUUAGUCAGGAGUCUCAAGAUUUUAGACCUCUUCUCUCGCUCUCCCGGGUGAAGCACCAUAUCUCCCACUUUUUAGCGUUUUAAUCACUUUUUUACCACUUUUUAUUAUUGACUAGAAAACCAACAUUUUGCCUUUUUUCUAUUGAAUAAUUAAAGCAAUAAUUCCCUUACGAGCACAAUAUAUCUAACAUUCUUGUGAGAUCUAUAAGUGGAUUUGUGCGUGAGAGCCUUCUAUAUGGCAAACGCCAGUGUGGGUAUACCCAACCCACCCCUCCCCC